AUGGCAGAGGAGCAGAAGCCGAAAUUUCCGCCACAUCGGGAUCGGAAGCUCUCUUCGGGUGCAUGCUUGGGCUUGGACAUCACGGCCUUCGAAAAUGCUCGGCGAAAAUCGUUGGCCUCGCCGCUGCAGCUGCAGGUCCAGGCCUUGAAAGACGGGAAUCCGGAGGAGGGGCGACCCUCUUCGCAAGUCAUGAAGCGGCGUGCAUCCAUGCCAGCAAGCAAGGAGGAAGCUGAGGCACAGGCCAAGGCCAAGCCUCAACCCAUGCCGAGCUUCCGAGACUCGAUGAGGAACAAGGCUCGCGAGACAUUCCUCCGAAAGCGCAAGACCAACUCGGGCUCCAGGAUCAGUGUUGACAAGGAUCCCGAGCUCUAUCCCGGCCGGGAUUUGCUGCCGGAAACUGUCAAGGCUCUGGACAUCCCGACAGCCAUCGACAUCUUUCAGUACCAUGACAGGGUGCGAGCACACGGCAAUACAGGUCUCUUAGACCGACGGACCUUCUCCGAGAUGCUUUUUGCCAUAGCCCGGGGCAAGGAGUACAUGACCACCGAAUGGUGCGAUGCAAUCUUCAAUGCUUUGGACUACGAGCACGCUGGGGUGCUGGAUCAAGAUCAAUUUCUCGGUUGGGCCUUCAACUCUUUGAACAACUACUUCAGUGACGUCCGGCGGCGAUUUCACAUAGUGAAAGAACCCGACUUGCGAGAGCUCCUGACCGGUUUGGGUGCAACUCCCGGAAGCGGCUUCUCGCAGCAGUUCCUGAUCAGCAAGGAGGAGUUCUGGUUUGUCGUCGAGACCUGCAGCAUCAAGCUGUCGAGAAAAGCUUGCGAAGAGCUUCACGAGCGGCUUGACCUUGACAAAACCGGAAGUCUGGAACUCACAGAGUUCCUAAACUGGGUCUAUCCUGGACGUGAGCUGCACCAGCUACAGCAGAAGCUCGACAGCCUUCGUCGGCAAAUUCCUGAUGACUCUGAUGAAGAUAAUGGCAUCGCUGAAGACGGUUACAAACCUCCGAAGAGACCCAUUUGGGAAAUGCUGUCGAAGAACGCGGUGGUGCUGGAGUUCACGAUUGCCCAGGCCUAUCAGCCCAAGAUCAAGCACCUCAAGGACGCGGUCAUGUAG